GAAAGCGAAAGGCUUUUCACAUUUGCCAUUUCACAUUCUCAUGUGAGACUCACAUGCAUAUGCAUGUAUGACAUAUACACCACUUCCUCUUCCGACACGAUUCAAUUUUCAGAUCACUGCUCUCUCUCUCCUCUCCUUCAUUUUCCAUUCCCUUCACUCUCAGGAGGGAACAAGGAGAAGAAGAAUCCAUGGAGAAUGAGAAGAAGAAGAAUCUAAACCAUGUUAGAUUUCCAAAAACCACCAGAUUUUUAACCAAUUCCUGUGUUUUUCUCUUCUCCUUGUUCGCCAUUUUCAAAACUGGUCUUCCUUUUGAUUAUUCUGACGCAUUAACCAAGAGUCUCCUUUACUUCGAAGCACAGCGCUCCGGUCGCUUACCCUACAACCAGCGCGUCACAUGGCGCGACCAUUCAGGCCUCACUGAUGGCUUGGAACAAGGAGUGGACUUAGUUGGAGGAUAUUAUGAUGCAGGGGAUCAUGUUAAAUUUGGUCUGCCAAUGGCGUUCACUGUGACAAUGCUUUCAUGGAGUGUCAUCGAAUUCCGGGAUCAGAUCGCUCGCGCCGGAGAAUUAGAACACGCAUUAGAGGCUAUUAAAUGGGGGACUGAUUAUUUCAUCAAAGCGCAUACUAGUCCCAAUGUGCUAUGGGCUGAGGUAGGUGAUGGUGACACCGACCAUUACUGUUGGCAACGGCCGGAGGACAUGACCACAUCCAGGCAAGCCUACAAGAUCGACGAGAAUAAUCCUGGCUCGGAUCUAGCCGGAGAAACUGCCGCCGCAAUGGCUGCCGCAUCUAUAGUGUUUAAAAGAACAAACCCGCAUUAUGCUUAUCUCCUCUUGCACCACGCCAAACAGUUGUUUGAGUUUGGAGAUAGGUACAGGGGAAAAUAUGAUGCAAGUGUGGAGGUAGUAAAGAGCUACUAUGCUUCUGUGAGUGGCUAUAAGGAUGAGUUGCUGUGGGGAGCCAUGUGGCUCUACAAGGCCACCGACAGCCAAGAGUACUUGAAAUACGUUAUUAACAAGGCUCACUGUUUUGGCGGGACUGGUUGGGCCAUGACAGAGUUUAGUUGGGAUGUUAAGUAUGCUGGCCUUCAAAUUAUGGUUUCAAAGUGGCUCAUGGAUGAAAGACACAAAGAGCAUAGACACAUAAUAGAGCAGUACAAGUCAAAGGCUGAGUACUACAUAUGCUCAUGCCUUAACAAAAACAACAAUGGUAGUAAUGUGGAGCGAACUCCAGCAGGUCUUUUACACAUCCGACAAUGGAACAACAUGCAGUAUGUUUCUACGGCAGCAUUCCUUCUAACUAUAUACUCUGGUUACCUUCGAGGCUCUGACCAAAAGAUCCAAUGCCCUAAUGGAGUAUUGGAUCAUAAAGAGAUCCUGAGUUUUGCUAAAUCACAAGUUGAUUAUAUCCUAGGUUCUAACCCAAUGAACAUGAGUUAUCUUGUGGGAUACGGUCCUAAAUUCCCCGCAAGAGUGCACCACAGAGGGGCCUCAAUAGUGUCAUAUAGAGAGAACAAGGGGUUCAUUGGGUGCACUCAAGGGUAUGAUAAUUGGUAUAGCAGGAAAGAAAAGAACCCCAAUGUUUUGGUUGGGGCAUUGGUGGGAGGACCUGAUUGCCAAGACAAUUUCAGGGACCAAAGAGGUAAUUAUGUGCAGACAGAGGCUUGCACAUAUAAUACAGCACCAUUAGUGGGUGUUUUUGCAAAUUUGUUAGAAAUGGAGGAUCAAAUGGGUGAUCAUAAUCAGCCUUUGGUUGCUUCUUAUUAGAAAUAAGAUUUAUAGAUUAAGAGUAUUGAAUAUUACACAUAGAGGUGGUUUUUGGGCGUGGCUGAGCUAAGUGUUCAAGCCUCAUUUGUAAUUUGGGAAGCCUGAAAGAAGGGCCUCAUUUUGCA